GAACAAGCUCAAUAUACUCUACCCUAUUGGAAAAGUCAAAAAGGGAAUUUAAGGAAAUUAAAAAGCAAGAAAAGCCCAGAAAUAUCUCCAACCAUAUCAUAAGUCGUCGACAACAACAACAAAACCUCACAUUCUUUCCCCAACUUUUACAGCUUCAAUUUAUCAUUCCUUUUUCCCAUCACGCUAACUUAUUUCAACGGUCAAACUAAAACCAUGUCGCUGAUUCCAAGCAUUUUUGGUGGCCGACGAAGCAACAUGUUCGACCCCUUUUCAUCGGAUGUUUGGGAUCCGUUCGAAGGCUUCCCAUUUUCAAACUCAUUGGCCAAUGUCCCUUCAUCUGCUUUUUCCAACACUCGCAUCGAUUGGAAAGAAACCCCAGAAGCCCAUAUCUUCAAGGCUGAUCUUCCCGGAAUCAAGAAGGAAGAUGUCAAAGUAGAAGUGGAAGAAGGCAGAGUUUUGCAAAUCAGUGGCGAGAGGAGCAAAGAGCAGGAAGAGAAGAAUGAUAAAUGGCAUAGAAUUGAACGAAGCAGUGGAAAGUUCGAGAGGAGAUUUAGGCUGCCUGAGAAUGCUAAAGUUGAGGAGGUGAAGGCCAACAUGGAGAACGGAGUGCUGACAGUGACGGUGCCUAAAAUGGAGAAGAAGCCUGAGGUCAACUCCAUCGACAUCUCUGGUUAAAGUUGAAUCUCUGAUAUUUGUGUGAAUGCUUUGUUUGGGUUGAUGUGGUUAGUAAAUGACUUAAAAUGUAUUUUAUGGAACUAUUGAGUGUCAAAACAGUUCGAUUGUUUACUUUUUGUAUUAUAUUAUCGUGGGAAAGAAUACAAUAAAAUAAAAUUUCAUGGUA